GGCGAUGCAGUGGUUGAUGCUGGAACGGAAAUCUAGCGGUACUUUAUAGAAGCCAGUUACGGCAUCUCACCUGUAAGGGACCUUAUACUGCGUGUAUGUCCGACGGAAACGUGGGACCAUGGGCAACACCGAGAGCAUGGUGGUGCAGAAACGGCUGUCCCGAUUCCGCACCGAGGACCGGCCUAUGGUCGAGGGAGUCUUCGAGCGACUCCAAUGCAGCGGUGUCUCUGCAGGUGUCCGGGCCAAAGCACCGCCGGGGAAGCUUCUGACACUGGAAGUGUUAAAGUCAUCUAUGGAGAACAUCGCCUCAGACUCCAUGAUAAGGAGAGUUUACCAGGGUAUGUGUAGUGUGGACCCUGGAACGGCACCAGUGAAGACCGGCACUGCUGCUGGUUGUGGUGUGAAUCGAGAGCAACUUGUCAUCUUCCUAGCAGAUGCCCUGCGAGGCACCGCAGAAGAAAGGGCACCCCUUGUCAUGGCUAUGUCCCAGCAGGGGGCAGCAGGGUCAAAGGUUGUCACAUGUGACCAAGUGACAGAAUGCUUACAGGACCUGAUCUCUUCUGUAGUACAGAUUCUGGUCCACAGGGGGCGCCUGCAGGGUUGGAAGCCAGAAAGGAUGGGUGAUGGUUCCUUGAGUGUCAAACUCCUGGCUGAGCAGAUGUGCUCUGAACUCAAACCCUCGGAUCAAGGGAGUUGUGAUGUUGGCUGUCUGGAGGACUGGCUCUUCCGUGUGUCUCAGAUAGCUGUGUACCUGGAAAUACUGGUAGCAGAGGGCCUGAAUGUGGCUCUGACCUCCAGGCCAUCUCUUACCCUGCUGCCCACAUGCAGGGAGACCCCCUGGAAAGAACUGAGGUGUUUAUUAGACCUGCCAACCCUCAUGUUCCUGGCACCACAGUUGCCAGACAGCUUCCGUGCCCCCUGGACACUUCUGUUUUCCACAAGAUUGCAUGGAGAAAGCUUCACUCGGAUGGUGGCUAGCCUUACAAAGCGUGGACCCACCCUGCUGCUUAUCAGAGACACCAAGCAGCAUGUCUUUGGGGGCUUCGCUUCCCACACCUGGGAGAUCAAACCACAAUUUCAAGGAGACUCCAGAUGCUUCCUGUUCACUGUGUUCCCCAGGCUGUGUGUGUACACCUCUACAGGAUAUAACCAACACUUCAUGUACCUCAAUCAGAAUCAGCAGACCAUGCCUAAUGGCCUGGGUAUGGGCGGACAGCAUGGUUAUUUUGGCUUGUGGCUGGAUAGUGACUUUGGCCAUGGCCACAGCCGAGCACGACCCAAAUGCACCACCUAUGGCAGUCCUCAACUCUCUGGAGAGGAGGACUUCACUCUGGACUCCAUGGAAGUGUGGGGAGUUGGCAAACCCCCUGAACCAGAGGAGGUUGAGGGGGCGGCGAAUAAGAGGAGUAUCCUGGAUGCGGAUCUAGAGGUCCAGGCUAUGAUGGAGAUGACGGGGAAGACUCUUCACAGCCAGGGACUCAGAGAACCAGAGGAAGACCAGGAGGAAGCAUGAGGAAUUCAGAUUUGGCCUGAACCUGAUCUUUCACAACUACUUCGGCACAUUAAGAGUUUCCUAUUUCCAUUGUUGGUCAUUUGGAAAAGGGUGAUCAAUAAGGUCAAGCGUUUUAAAGACUGAGGGAUCAAGAUAAUUUGCUUAACGACUAGUUUUUAACUAUUGUAAGGCAAUGGAAUAAAGAUUAUUUCACUGCUGUUUUUUUAAGACAAUUAAGUACACAUAUGAUCAAAUGAGCCUGUUUUUAACAUACAGUCGCAGGAAAGUUGCUCUCAUGUUUUAUUAAACCUGUAAGGGUGCUGCUAAAGGACUAGUUAACGUUUUAGCCUAUAGUGAAGGUAUGUACAUGAAUGUAUGACCUGAAAAGUGUCACUGAGUUAAGCACACUUUCUGAGAUGUUUCCGCAAACGCCACUCCCCCUAACCCCCUAUUUAUUUACACUUAAUGAUAGGAUAUGUAUAAGAUGUGUGGUUUGACAGUUAUACAAUCUACCCGAGAUACAGACCUGUUUCACUUCUGCAGCCAGGGGCUUCCUAACAGAACUGCAUCGGGAAUACUCUCUCCUAUUGUAUGUAGUAUUUUAAACAACUGGAUAAAAGGUGAUACAAAGCAAAUUUUUGAGAUUUGUCUAAUGGAAGC